AUGGCUCCCGCGGCAACUGGUGCGAAGAAGCAGAAGAAGAAGUGGUCCAAGGGAAAGGUCAAGGACAAGGCCCAGCACGCCGUCAUCCUCGACAAGACCACUUCCGACAAGCUCUAUAAGGAUGUCCAGUCCUACCGCCUCGUGACUGUCGCCACCCUCGUCGACAGACUCAAGAUCAACGGCUCCCUCGCCCGGAGGUGCCUUGCCGACUUGGAGGAGAAGGGCCAGAUCAAGCAGGUCGUCAGCCACAGCAAGAUGAAGAUCUACACUCGCGCCGUUACCGCCGCCGAGUAAAUAUUCCCACCAAAGACUUCAUUUCAACGGACCUGACGGGCAGGACAAAUAACGACUUUUGUUAACGGCGGUUCGCUUGGGGUUUACGGUUUCAUCGGGUUAUUUACGGCUACAUCACUGGGAAAGGGGUUCUUUUUUUCAGCACGGUGUAGCAUAGGGAUCGGAAGCGCUCCAGGAUUCCUUAGAUCGGAAUUGCAUCAAGAUACGAACAGAAAACGCCGCUCCGCCCGGCAGCCCGGAG